CCCGAACGCAGCAUACCCGCGCCUCUCAUCAUCCUCAAAGUCCGCUGAACACCAUCAUUGUCACGUCUCCUCUGUUUCUUUUGCUUGCCAAACCGGAGCCACCAUGGAGCAGAACGAAGACAAGACAACGCAGACUCGGAACCGGGACCAGGCCGCCGCGGAGGUGCAGGACGAAGCUCCAGCCAAGCAGCCCGAGGCAGCGAAUGCUGAUGAUGCGACGGAGGCCAACGUGAGCGAGGUGCUUCUGGAUGCCGACGUCGAGAAGCAACAGCAGGAGGGCGAGCAGGAUAAGCGACCUUUCGUGAACGGAGCAGGAGACGCAGGAGCUGCGCUGUCGGAGAAGAACGGCUGCGUGAAGGUGAAGAUGGACGAAGAAGAGCGGGAGGCGAAGUUUACCGGGCUGAACAAGGAGGAGCUGCUGCGAGUGGCCGGCACGCCCGGGUGGGUGCGCACCCGCUGCGCGCUGCUGGUUCUCUUCUGGCUGGGCUGGCUGGGCAUGCUGGUGGGCGCCGUGCUCAUCAUCCUGCAGGCUCCGCGCUGCCGGGACCUGCCCGACACCCACUGGUGGAACGAGGGGGCACUCUACCGCAUCCCCAGCGUGCACGCCUUCACCCGCGCCGGUGACAUCAAAGGUGUGAUGCAGAAGGUGGAUGCCUUGUCCCAGUUGAAGUUCAAAGGUUUGGUGAUUGGGCCGGUUCACGUGGCCCCGCCCGACAAUGCAGCCGCGCUGAACUUUCAGGAGAUCGCAGCUGACGUCGGAAGUCUGGAGCAGUUCAAGGACCUUGUGCGCACUGCGCACAGGAAAGGUAUGUCUGUGGUCCUGAAUCUGACUCCCAACUACUGUGGCUCCACCGGGUCCUGGUUCUCCAACGCCAGUGUGAGCAUGGUGGUCGAGAAGCUAAAGUCGGCGCUGGUGUUCUGGUUCAUCGAGGGCGUGGACGGCAUCGAGCUGGAGGACGUGGAGUACGUGGCUAACGCCGUACCGUCUCUGUGGGCCGACAUCCGGGCCAUCGUCCAGAACGGGACCAACGAGCAGCCCACCAGAAGACUUCUGAUGGGUGUGACCGAGCACCGCUCGGCUGCGGCCGUGUCCACCCUUCUAUCAUCCACCGGCGUGGACCUCCUGACGUCCAUGGUGCUUGCGGAGGGAGACGCGUCCCAGCUCGUUCAGUCUGUGCUGGACUUGUACGCUGCCCACGGGCCAACCCGCCUUUCCUGGAACAUGGGGGGGCGGGGCCCAGGUCACUUGGCUUCACUGGUGGGCCCGGCACUGGUGCCGCUGUGCCAGCUGCUGCUCUUCACGCUGCCCGGGACGCCUGUGCUCCAGUACGGCGAUGAAAUAGGCCUGAUGGAUGAGGGCACAACAUUUUCUACAAUGAUUUGGGACUCGCCCGAAGAGGAGGAACCUAACACAACUCUGAAGGAGGAUCGCGCUCGCCGCACUUCGUGGCGCGCGUUGGUGCGCGACCUGAGCGGCCUGCGCGCCAAGGAGCGCUCCCUGCUGAUGGGUGACUUCGUCCUUCUGGUCAACACGUCAUCGACGCUGGCCUACGUCCGCUCGUGGGACCAGAACAAUCGCUACCUGGCUGCCUUCAAUUGGGCUGACGGAGAGACCCAGCUGGAACCCACCGGUUGGGUCCUUCCGCCGCUGGCUGAGGUGGUACUCGCCACUCCCGUGGUCGGUGCCCUGACACCGGGCACCCGCACGGACCCCGCCAAGCUGCGCCUGGGCGCCCAGCAAGCGGUGCUGCUUAGGUUUCCUUACGCCGGCUAAAAAGCGCGACGUCAUCAUGUUGAUGUCUCGUGUUUGUGUGGUGAAACUAGUCAAAUAAAUAUCAAGGUGAGCUGCAGGUGGCGCCCACUUGUCAUUCGACUUCCUUCGGGACAUUUCCUCCUCAAUACAGAAGCGUGGAGCUGCUUGUGUGGAGUAAAUACCUUUUUUCAUCUGUUGUGUAGAAAAUAAGUGAAGUAAAAAUUCACAUCCGUCAGUGCUA